AUGAUCACAAAACUGAGAAGAAAAAAAAGUAGCAGCUCUAAAACACCUACUAGCCCUGACGAGGCUAUUACCUCACAAAUGAUGAACACUAACUCUCUAAUUUCAAAUCCAAGUACGUACACAAUGCAGACAAUUGGUGGUGACACGGAAAAAAAACAACGAUCAUCUCCCAAGUCAUCUGAAAAAUCUCAAAAUAUUCCUCUUAAACGAACGCCUGCCAUGAACGUUUCCAGUUCUUUUCGCCUCAGCAUUAUUGAAGGGAGAUCUGGAAAAUCGGCAAAAUUUGAGGAAAGCGAAGACACUUUUGAUAACAUCUCCACAUGUCACAGUGUUUACUCGAAUGCUUCUGUUCCUAUGAUAGGCCGUCCUACGAAAUUAGAAAUAUCUUCUUCGGCUGAUACACCAGAUUUAACAAGCAAUUCCCAAGUUGUAAUUGCUAGCUCAGAAGUUUUAGAGAAGAAAAAAUCGCGUCUUAAAGGCUUUUUGAAUAUUUUCACAAAACGAAAGGAGAAAACGCCUGCUACUCCCAACUCAAGUCAAGACAUGGCAAAAGUUUCGUCGGUCGAUGAAAUGUCACAAAUGUGCUCUUAUGAAGAACCAAAAUUAACAAGAGCUGCUAGAGAAGACUCGUCCGAUUCUGAAGCCAUGCUAGUCACGGCCGAAAAAGAAAUUGAAUUUGGCUUGUCUGUUUCAAAUCUUACACCAAAAAUUUUGAGGAGAGAAAUUGAACGUUUGGAUGCUAGGGGAGAAGCAGUACGAGGAAUCAUUGAAUUCAUUACUGAAAAAAUCAGUGUUGACGAAGCGGAGAAAUUUGCAGAAAAGUACAAGUCGUUAAUGCAUAUCUCGGAUGAUCAUCCACUAUCUUCAUUAUUUAAAGAGACACUACUACACCACUAUGAUUCAGAUCGACUUAAAUCAGCCUUAACCAAAAUGAAUGAGCAUUUUUAUUCAAGCUCAAUAGAUUUGAGAAAAACUGCUAACGCAGCUGAGAAUAGCUCGGUUACUCCAUUGGUCCUAAUAUGGAUACAAAUCCAAUUAUUUCACUAUAUUGACCAAAUUCGAUUUUUUCCUUUGCAAUUUAAAUGCAUUCCAAUGUAUGUUGUUGAGUUUAUGGAGGCAGUUAUUAGGUUUAACUAUGACUGCUAUCCAGAAACUUGUGAAAUACCUCGAAUGAGACCAUACUUUGGUGAAGAAGAUGAAAUAAUGGAAGACACAAGAAUAAUAGACGAAACUGAAUUAAUACGAGUGUGUUCUUUGUUCGCAACUGAAGUCAUGAAGACUAAUGCAGCAAGAACACUUUGUACCUUACACGAGGCUCACAAAACAAGAACAAGGCUGAGCUCAUUAUAUUCUCUUUCUAUUAAUUUCUCAGCCAUAGGGCAUGGAGCAAAAUGCAGAAUGAACGCAGCUCUACAAAAAUUUUCCAUCUCCAUAAUGCAAGCCAGAAUUCGUGGUCGUCUCACGUUUUCGUCACUAAAGGAGAAUAUGAGUAGAAUUACUACAUUACAAAGUUUGACACGGCAGGCCAACCAACGUCAGCAACUCUAUUUAUCCAAACAAUUGGUUAUUUAUUUACAGUCAAAUUCAAGAAAAAUACUAAUUAGAAGCAGUACUGAAAAUAUGAUUUAUCAAAUUACGAUAUUACAGUCACUUUUGAGAGGAAACUCCAGAAGACAAGAAGUUUUCGCUCAGCUCGAGAAAAUCCGAAAAAUCCAGGCACUUAUCAAUGCAAAAUAUACCACCUCAAUCUUCAGGAGGAACUUGAACAAUGUUAAAACAAUCCAAUGCAUGGCUCUAAAAAGCAUUGCUACUGGCAAUUGUUGCUCGAAUUUUAAGAAAAUUCAGAAAAUUCAAGCUGUUGCACGAGGAGUAAUGCGCAGAGAACAGUCCAAUUCAAUGAGGCACAAUAUUACUGGGCCAAUUGUAACAAUUCAAGCCGUAAUACGAGCUCAAAACCAACGAAGGGGCAUAUCUGGUUUGCUUGAACAGAGUAAUGUCAUUAUUGCAUUUUUCAAAGGCGCUAUUCAUAGAAAUGUUCUCUCUGUUGAAAGAAGCCACAGCUUGAGCCUGCAGGCUGUUUCCAGGAAAGCUCUUUCCGAAAGAAACUUUACUCUCACUAAACAAGUGGCAUCACAGUUGCAGACUGCUCUGAGAGGCCUUUUCCAAAGGAGGGAUUAUUCUGCAGAAAAAAACAGUGUGUUGAUUCUUCAGGCAAAAUUUAAAAGUAGACUUGCUACCACUGAACUGGAAAUGCAUAACUCAUGCAUUGUGAAACUGCAGCUUGUAGCAAAACAAUAUUUCAUACAGCGUGAAAAACGAGAAAGUAUCCAACGAUUAGAACUGUUUCAAGCCGCUGUUAGAAGAUUUAUGAUCAAAAGAACAUUUGUGAGCUGUCAACAACAAUCUACAGCAAUUACCUGUCUUUCUAGAGGAGUUAUUGCUCGAAACCAAUACUUUAAGAAUGUAAAUUCUAUCCAUACACUUCAGGCCAAAGUUAGAGGAACUACUUUCCACAAUAAGCAUAUGGACAUGGUUGGUUCAGCAGUGUCGAUUCAAAGUUUUUUAAUUGGCUCUCGUUCAUACACCAAAUUUCAACACAUCACUAACUCCGUGCUUCUAUUACAGGCAUCCCUCAAAGGCUCAUGUCACAGAGAUCGUGUACAUCAGGACGUUAAUUCUGUAAAGGCUUUGCAAUCAAACAUGAAGUCAAAGUUGGUUCGUGCAGAACAUGAAUCAAAACAACAACAAUUACGCAUUCUACAGGCAGUGAUUAGAAGACAUUUGACCGCCAAGUCAAUGCAUACGCAGUUGAAUUUUUUGCAAACUAUUCAAAUUGUUGCCAAAUCUUACUUAACAGGGCAACAUCAUACAACAUUGGUGAAGACAGCGUCAUUCCUUUCCUCAAUGGCUCAAGGACACCAAAGUAGAAGACUGCAUCAUGUUUCGUUGAAUCAAAUCCUGAUCAUGCAAGCAAAGUCAAGAUCCUAUAUUCAGAAGCUCGAUUGCUUGCACAGAUUCCAGCAAAUACAUGUCGUUGGAGCCAUUGUCUUAUCCCAUUUGAGCAAGAAGAGAAUGAACGAAGCUAAACAAAGUUCCUUUUUAAUAAUGGCUGUGUUGCGUGGGUUUUCCACUCGAAAACAUUAUGACAGAUCAUGGACUGCCAUUCACAAGAUACAGCAAGUGUACCAACAUGAACGAAUCGUAUCCAAUUUUUCUUUAGAAAAAAGAAGAAUAUUGAUUCUGCAAGCACUUACUCGAAGCUUUAUUGCAAAACAACGGCUUAAUAACUGCCAGAACAAGAUCCCGACAUUGCAAGCCGUAAUUUUAGGCAAAAUCACAAGAAAGGAAAUCAAAGAAAAAAAUUCCAGCACCAAGAAUAUCCAACAAGUUAUUCGCGGUUUCAAUGCAAGAACACAAUACAAACAACAAAUGAACAGUGUGCUUACCAUUCAAUCUGCUGCUAGAAAGAAGAAGCAAGUCAAUACUCUUAGACAUUACCAUCACGAAAUUCUCUGUGUGCAAGCAUCAAUAAGAGGAUUUGAACAGCGAAAAGCUUUUCGGAUAUUUGUUGACAAAACUGUUUGCCUUGUACAAGCAGCUUCGCGUGCGAAAAUUGUUAGAACGAACAAUGAGCACAUACAUAACAGCAUUAUUUUGUUGCAAGCUUUAUGUAGAGGACUACUGCAAAGAAAACAAUUUAUUGAAACCAAAGAGUCACUUUCUAUUAUUGACGACACGCUACAGGCAUACAAGCAAAGGACAGGUUAUUUAAAAUAUCUUUCUGCAAUUCAUAUUUUACAAGCAUCAGCUCGGUCAGCACUUGACAAAAAGAAUAUUUUCAACUCUAUACCACAGCUGAUCUACUUGCAAGCAUUUCUUAAGGGAUCCACCCAUCGAAAGAAUCAUUUCAUUGAUUUAGAACGUUUAACUCAGUUGCAGAAUUUUAUUCGAAUUACAAAUGCUCAAAAACUCAAAACUGUUGAAGUUGACACAAUUACACAAGUACAAGCAUUUGUUCGCAGAAGACGGGAACAAAUGUAUUUAUCUCAUUUCAAAAACAGUAUUAUCCAUGUUCAAGCGCUGAUCAGAAUCGUCUGUAGAAAGAAUUUUUUGCUUUUGAGGGACAACACUCAAACAAUUCAAGCUUAUGCCAAGUCAUCAUUAGUACAACACAGCUUUAACAGCUUGUGCUCAAGUAUCGUGGCCAUUAAAGGCUUUUUAGGGAGUGCUCUUCAAAGAAAAGUAUUCAAGAGCCAAUUGCAAAGAAUAUGGACACUCCAGGCACUCUUUCUGUCCUCAAUAGAGAGAAAGCGAUUUCAUGAUGAUCAGUCAAAUGUAAUCGUAAUUCAGUCUACAAUUACAGGUCACAUGGAAAGGCAACAAAUUGAGUCAAGGUUACAAUUAGCAAAUUUACUCUCAGCCAUGGCACGCUCCAUCCCAUACACUCGCAAUUUCGAACAAACGAAACGCGUUACUAUACAGAUGCAAGCUUUUGCUAGAUCACGCCUGUCAAAACCAGCACUCAAAUCAUUGAAACAUAUCACAUUGUUGCAGGCUAUAUCGAGGAGAUAUUUAGAAAAUAAGAAACAAGACAAGUAUGCUGUCAUGAAAGCGUUGACUGAUGGCUCUAUCGUACGAAAUAAUUUGAAAAAAGAUUUGUGCCGUAUUGAGCAAAUUCAAGCUUUAGUCAAGGGAAACUUGGAAUUAUCAUUUAUGAAGAAGUCGAUGCAAGCAGUACGAACACUUACUGCUCUGUCUGUAGCAAUUGUUGAACGAACGAGAUUUGUUCAAGUUACCGAUCAAAUUACAAAGCUACACACUGCAGCACGAGCAACCCUAUGUACUCAUCAAUUCAAGAAAGACUUGGAACGAGUUCAAACUUUACAAGCGGUAAUAAGAAGAUCACAAUGUGCAAGAAAAUAUCAAACACAACUAGGAUUGCUAGAAAAAUUACAUUCAUGGUCACAACAAAAAGUAGCAUGGGCAAGAAAAGAGAAAGACCUUAACAGCAUUGCUUUCAUUCAAGCAAUGACGAGGAAGCAUUACGCUAUUUCCCAGAAAGCUGUUAAUCUCAAUGCUAUCGUCAACAUUCAAGCAGUUGCCCAACGAUUAACUGUUCAAAAGUCUCUAAAAGAUCAUGUCACAAGUAUUACUUCCGGGCAAGCCAUGUUUAGAUCAGCCCAUAUUAGAUUGGAAAGUAAUAAGGUUAAACAUUCUAUGACAGUUGUUCAAGCAUCCAUGAGUGGCUAUGCAGCACGUAGAAAUUUUUUAAUGAACAAGUGUGGUUUGCUUGUCCAGGCCUUAGUCAAAGGAAAUACUGAACGCAAGGUGUUUGCCGUUCAGAUGCAAGCUAUCAUAUUCAUACAGUCUAGAAUAGCAGGUCAUAGAUUGAGAACGAACAUGAAACUUCAAUUAUGCAGCAAUGAACAGUUACAAUCUUUAGUGAGACGUUAUCAAUGCUGCAAAGAAUUCCACGUAGAAAGAAAUCGAGCACAAUUACUUUCUGCUCUUCUAAAGGCUGCCGUCGAACGAACACACAUGACAAGCGUAUUGGACAAACUGGCGGUCAUUCAAGCUUUCUUAAGGAGGCGAUUGACCAUGAUUCAAUCUCACUCUUUGAUGAGGCAGGUUUCCGAGAUUGAAGCCAUCUACCAUGGACAUCUAGAUCGAAAGAAAUAUGAGAACAUGAAAGGACAUGUUAUCACCGUUCAAUCCAUGAUGCGAGCUUUGAUUGCAUCUAAGGAAAAAGGGAAUCAAUUGCAAAUGUUAACCAAGUUGCAGUGUCUGUCCAGAUUAUACUUGUGUCGAAAGAACCUUGUUAAAACAAAGGUUACCAUUUCUAUCAUGAAGAGAACAGAAGUAUCUUGGAUUGUGCAGGCUAGCAUGAGAGGAUUCAUAGCCCGAAAAGAAUUCAGAACUCUCCUUUCAAAGAAAACAACACUUGUUGAAUGUAUGAACGCGCUCAUGAAACGAAAAUCCAUUCAAUGCAAAUUUGAGUCAAUGAAGAACUCUUGUUCCAAGCUUCAAGCAAAAGUAAGGCAACUACACGCUGUCAAGAACUGCCAAGCCCAAGUUUUAUCCAUUCAACUAAUUCAAGCAUUGGCUACAAAGAGCAGCACUUGCAAGAAACACAUGGAGUACAUGGACCACUUAACCCUCAUUCAGGCAGCCAUGAUCAGUUGUCAUGAACGCAAGCACAAUUUCGCCUUAUUGCAACAAGCAACUCUCAUGAUGGAAUCUGUGGUAAAAGGUAACCUGGUACGUCAAAAUUUACACAAACUCCAGGACCAUGUUUUGAUAAUUCAGUCUCGUGACAGAAAACUCAACUGCAAACGUCAUUUCAUUGCAGAAACGAAUAGAAUACAUGUAUUACAGGCUAUUGCUCGGUCAUUCAUUGCUCGAAAUCAGCACGCCAUAGCUGUUGGACAGACGAGAACAGUAAUCACACUGCAAGCACUUUUGAGGGGAAUUCAGCAACGAAAUCAAGAAAUGAGAUAUGUUAAAGAGUGUCCAUCAAAACUCUUACUAGUUCAAGCGGUGGCCAGGAACAUUCUUGCUAGACAUCAGCUAACCCAGCUCAAGAUACAGCUCAAAGAAAAGUUCUCACUUGUUAAACAGUUCAAAAUGGACGAGAGAAAGCCCGGCUUGGCUUUAUUGUCAUCGAUUUCUUUGCUCAACAAAAAGUAG